AUGCAGUUCCAGGACCCGCGGUAUCCACAUCUCUUUGCCGUCGGUGAUAUCGCCGACUCAGGUGCCCACAAGGCCGCGCAACCUGGAAUGAUGCAGGCCGUGAUUGCUGGGCGCAACAUUGCGAGAUUAAUCGAAGGCCAUCAACCGACCGGGAAGAUGAACAUCGCGCCUUCCGGCAUACACCUGAUCCUCGGGCUGACGCGCAGUGUCGUCUUUCGUAACCCCGACACUGCUGCGGGGGAAACUGAAACCGACAUGGGGAUUGAAGGGAUUUGGACCAGGCUCGGCGCUGUGGUAAACAGUUCGCAGGACUGUCACUUGUGA